AAUCUCAAGGAAACUUUAAGCAGGUGUAAAAAGGGUGAGCUCCUUUGCUUCCAUGAGAAACCUGUUAACCUGGAAAAAGAUCUCAGGGCCAUCUCUCAGCAAAGUGAUCUAUUAAUGGAAAACUUCAAGAAAUUUAGAGAAUCACUGAUGGACGAAUUGUCGAAAAGCAAGACCAGAGGGCUUAAUGCUGUCCUCCUGAGUCAGACUGCUCAGCCCGAUCAGCCCCAAAUCUUCUGGCCACGAUUGUAUAAUGAUGCCGUGAGAGCAGACAAGAAAGUCUCCCCAGUCAGCGUGACCCUAGAUCCACGUACGGCCAAUCCCCAUCUCCUCCUCGGAUCGGAUCGGAAGACAGUCACGCGCCUGGAUCACAGGCAGACCUUGCCGGACAAUCCUGAGAGGUUUGAUGCCGAGUUCUUUGUGCUGGGCUGCGAAAGCUUCUGCUCUGGGAAGCAUUCCUGGGUGGUGAACGUCGAGCAGGGGCAGAACUGGGCCAUUGGCAUCGCCCGGGAGUCUGUGAGGAGGAAAGGGAGCCUCAGCCUCAGCCCACAGCAAGGCAUUUGGGCAGUACAGCAGUGCUGGGGCCAGCUGCAAGCGCUGACCUCUCGCUGGACUACCCUGUUUCUGCUCAGGAAGCCCAAGAGGAUCAGAGUACAUCUGGAUUAUGAGGGAGGGUGGGUGGCCUUUUUCGAUGCAGAGCUGGAUGCUCCCAUUUUUACUUUUCCGCCCACCUCGUUCAAGCGAGAGAGGAUUCACCCUUGGUUCUGGGUGGCGUCUGGAUCCCAGCUCACCUUGUGCCCCUGAGAUUAUUCCGGGCAUUUGGGAUUUCAGCAAUUUGAGCAGCCUUGUGUAAUAUUGGACGUAAAGCAGCGAUGUGACAAUUGCUUCGGAACUACAUAGGUUAACUAUGUCAGCAGAGAAAUGAUUGUUUUUUCGAAUUUUUAGUGAGGCAUUAAAGGUCACUGAAAGCGCCACUCAGGGAUAUAUUUUAAAGGAAGGAAUUGCGAUGGUAUAAAAUGGCUUUUAACCAGCUCUGAUGGAAGGGGGGGGGGCGGGGAAUGGCGAUUUUAAAAUGCUUACAUAGUUGGACACUUAUCUCCCAGGAGAGUUGUUCUCCCAUGCCACUUCUGUAGCAGAGUUCAAAAUAAAAUAAAUGUACUGGAGUGGAUACCUAGUCAAAAUAUAAAACAUGUUUCUAGUCCUCAUGGCU